GAGCUCUGUAUACCUACACAGCUAGCUGCUAGGCGUGCUGACAGCAAUUGCAAUUCCGCUCCAUUUCUUCUUAGAUGAAAGCAAACGUCUCCUCCUAUUCGCAUCACCUCCUCGGCCCAAUAAUACUCUGAACAACCUCACGCGACCAUGGGCUCAGAGGCAGGAGCCAUGUCCCACGAGGCAGCCGCGAGCGGUCUUCAGGCGGCCACUGCCACUGCUACGGCUGCUGCGGCUGCUGCUGCUGCUGCCACCGCUCGCUCUUCUUCUCCGGCUUCGUCUAUCCCACAGAAGCGAACGCUAGAUGAAGACCACAGUCCAUGUAUACCUUCUCCUCUCAAUCCAGAAGCUCGAGCCACGCCCAAGGUACAACUUCAACCGCCAUCGCAGUCGCAAACCAUCGACGAGAUGCAGAUGCCCUCAAAGCGUACCAAGAAAGACACGUUCAAGAAGCGAGAGUCGAAGGGCAUAGACAGCAGUCGUGCGACACCGGACCCCAAAUACGGGAAACACAGUCAGAACUUGUUAGCAGUCCAGGAAGACCCGAGUGAGUCGAGCCCUCUGCGGUAUAAGCUGCCACCAGCGAAACAGAUAGACUUCGAUCCUGCUAGAGGCCCCGUCUUCAUCCAUCACCAUGACGUCCCGGCCCUCGAAGGCGGAGGGAAGAUUGAGUUCUUCGAGACAUCGGACCAUGUCUACAACAAAAAGAGUUAUCACUACACCCACUGCAUAGCCGACCCCGCCUUCCCCUCUUCUCUCUUCUACCGUCAGACCGAACCCGAGCCGUACGGGCCGCAUCUCAGCUUCGAGGACUCGGCCACCCAUAUGUUCUUCGACCAGUCAGGCCGCCACGUUACUACAGAGAAAGGUUUCCGCAUGACACGCGCCAACGUGGCCAUCCGUGAGGGUCGCUUUUUUUGGGAAUGCAAGAUAACAAGGGGAAUUCUACGGCCGCAGCAGAACGACGCCGGAAAUGGCGAACCCGAACCACACGGACACGUGCGCAUGGGCUUUGCCCGGCGCGAGGCGUCCGUCGACGCCCCUGUCGGUUUCGACGCGUAUAGCUACGGCCUCCGCGAUAAGAUGGGUCAGAAGGUCUACAUGUCGCGCCCCAAGCCCUUCUUCCCGCCGGGCGAGGAUCUCUGCGAGGGCGACGUGCUCGGCUUGGAGAUUCAGCUGCCUUCGGAGCGCCUGCACCGCAAGGUCAUCACCGGCCAAUACAACGCGGGCAUCGACUCGGUACAGGGCAUAGGCGAAAACUACGGCGAACGUACCGCUGAGGCGCCCAACAUUGUACGCGACCGCAUCCCGAUCCGGUUCAAGGCGCAUAUCUAUUUUGAGAAGAUCGACUACCACACUACGAGGGAGCUCGAGGACCUCAUGAACCCCUCCCCAGUUGUUACCUCCUCUGGCUCGGGAUCUGGCACCGCCAUGGCCUCGUCUACGGAGGCAAACCCGCACCCCACCCAUUCUAUUCCUGCCCUCCGGACUCUGCCGGGCUCAUACAUCAAGGUUUACAAGAAUGGCGUGUUCAUGGGGACCCUUUUUGAGAACCUUCUCGCCUUCCUCCCGCCGGCAUCUAGGCCCCUUCCUGCUCCAGGCGCCCGCGAGGGUCUCGACGAUGGAACACUCGGUUAUUAUCCUGCCGUCAGCGUAUUCCGCGGCGGCGCCGCAGAGGUCAACUUUGGGCCCGAUUUCUGGUACCCGCCACCUGGGUACGAAGGGCCAAACGGAGCAGCUUCCUCCGCUACUCCUCCUGCUACUGCUACUACUGGUCUCGCGGCUCUGCGCCCUGUAUCGGAGCGGUAUACCGAGCAGAUUGUCGAAGAUAUCGUGUUCGAUAUUAUCGACGAGGUUGACUUUUGGAUGCAGGACGGUGCCAAGGUCAUUGACCGAUCAGGUCGGGAUGGAUCCAAGCCCGACUCCACCGGUAUGGCGCCGGGGGGAGAGGAAAUCAAAGAAGUUGUUCAGGAUGACUAGAUGUCUAUGUCAGAUGUAUAAACGUUAUGUACGAGCAAGCUGCGCAUGGCAAGGGGUUUAAGGGGUGGGACCGGGUCCUACUUGUAUUAUCUGUCUCGUCUUUUUCUUUUUCUUUUUCUUUUUCUUUUUCUUUUUCUUUUUCUUUUUCUUUUUCUUUUUCUUUUUAUUCCUGGGGGUUUUUUUUUGUCCACCGCCCUGUUUGAAGAUACCCUGGGAGGUAAAUCAGCAUAUUCGGCGUUGUUGUGUCUCACGACUAUGACAGAGACGAACGGUACCUGAAGUUUAGGACGGAGAAUGGUCUUGUAAUAUAUCUCAUGUAUUCAAAGAGAUUAGCAAAGAAAAUGUCAUAACUCGUUACUGCC